CAGGUAACCUGAGCCUUUAUCUGGCUGUGUGGGGGUCAGCGCUGUGCUAAGGGCUGGCAAAGAAUCUACUCAAGUACACCUGAGACAGGCUGUCAGAAUGUCAGAUGUUGGAAAUGACCAGGAGUUCCAGACUGUAGAGAUGCAAAAGGAUGUGGAAGAGAGAGACAAAGGGAAUCGCGGUGCUGAAAAUCCUGCAGAACCAACAGCCACCAAUGCUCCAUCAUCUGCUUCCAAGAGCAUUCUCUACCCGCGACGUUAUGCUGACCCGUAUGACUCAAGGAAGUAUUUUGUCUCAAGGCCUGGAGCCUUUGACCAAGCCAUGGAUGAUCUGAAAGUCCAUGUGGUUGUAAACAUGGGAGAAACAGCCCACAGCUUCUGGUUAUUGACUGAGAUCGACCAUUGGAACAACGAGAAGGAGCGUGUGGUUGUGAUCACAGACUCCGCCAUCUUGGUCUGCAAAUAUGACUUCAUCAUGUUAAAGUGCCUUCAGCUGCAGAGAAUCCCCCUGAAUUACAUCGACCGCAUCUGCCAGGGUUCCUUCUCCUUUCCAGAGAAGUCAUUGGACAGGAGAGAAGGAGAAGGCCUGCGUAUCUUCUGGGAUGAACAGCGAGAGCCAAAUUUCUUGUCACGAUGGAAUCCCUGGUCCACGGAUGUUCCUUACACAACGUUCACAGAACAUCCAGUGAAGAACAUCAGCCAGCGGCUGAGCACCAUCUGUCAGAUACCCACGUUCAUGGCUCAGUUGGUGCAAGCUGUUCAGAACGCCCAAAGGAAGGCUCCUGCGUCUGGCAAAACCAACGGAGUUGCGGUGGUGAACGAGCCCAUCCCUAUCCAGACCUACACGGGGCUGAUGUCUUUCCUCGGCAACCGAAACAAGCUGGGUUAUUCCCUCGCUCGGGGGAGUUUUGGCUUUUGAAGUAUGGCAUG